GAGAAGUGCAUAGUAGGAGAAAUUGAAUAACUAUGGGGAAUUGCCUAGUCCUUCAAGAGAACAUCGUCAGGGUCGUGAAAGCCGAUGGGAAAGUUCUUGAAUACAAGGAACCCAUUAAGGUCCACCAAGUUUUGACACAGUUUUUCGGCCAUGCAAUAUCUGAGUCGCUACCCGUCGUCCGGCAUCUCCACCCCGACACCAAGCUGCUCCGAGGUCAGUUGUACUACCUUGUUCCGCCGGCAUCAUCGCCGUCGCCAAAAGCUAGCAAGAAGAAGGUGAGGUUUGCGAAUCCAGAAGUAGAAAGCGAAGAAGAAAGCAGCGUGGUGAGGAUUAAGCUGGUUAUCAGUAAGAAGGAACUGCAGAAUAUGCUGUGCAAGGGAGGAAUUUCAAUUAACAACAUAUUACCUCUAGUUCAUGGUGAAAAAGGACAAGAAGAUGGUGAAGAUAAUAAAACUGAUGACUAUGGCUGCCAAGGGUGGAAGCCAGCAUUAGAAAGCAUACCAGAAGUAAACUAGCAACACACACACACACACACACACACACUUUCUGAGUUUUUAGUGCCUUUUUCUCCUCCCUACUUGUAACAUAACACUGUUUUAUAUAACAUCCUCGGUGACAAGCCACCAAUUGGAAGUUCAUAUUAUCGGUGCUGGUUCCUGAUCACAUGAACUUGUCGUUAACACAGACUAGGCUUUUCGUA